CAUGGACAUGGGAAACUACAGUGAAGUUUUGGACCCAACUUACUCGACCUUGGAGUUUGACACUAUGCAGAUUCUGUAUAAUCCCAAUGACAGUUCUGCCCUGGAGACCACAAGUAUGAAUACCACAGACAGUGGUGUAAACUGUCUAUGUGCCAUCUGUGGUGACAGAGCAACAGGAAAGCACUAUGGGGCAUCCAGUUGUGAUGGCUGCAAAGGCUUCUUCAGACGUAGCAUUCGGAAGAGUCACGUUUAUUCCUGCAGGUUCAGUCGCCAAUGUGUUGUUGACAAGGACAAAAGGAAUCAAUGCAGAUAUUGUCGAUUAAGAAAGUGUUUUAGAGCAGGAAUGAAAAAAGAAGCGGUGCAAAAUGAACGUGACAGAAUCAGUACGAGAAGAAGCACAUAUGAGGGCAGCAACAUUCCCUCCAUAAACACUCUGGCACAAGCUGAAGUGAGGUCCCGCCAGAUCUCAGCCCCAAGCCCCAGUGCCAGCACUGACAUAAACAUUAAGAAAAUCGCAAGCAUCAGUGACGUUUGUGAGUCCAUGAAGCAACAGCUCUUAGUCUUGGUGGAAUGGGCCAAAUACAUCCCCGCCUUCUGUGAACUGCCCUUGGAUGACCAGGUGGCCCUGUUGAGAGCUCACGCUGGAGAACACCUACUGCUCGGAGCUACAAAGAGAUCCAUGAUGUAUAAAGAUAUUUUACUUUUGGGAAACCACUACGUUAUUCACCGCAACAGCUGUGAAGUUGAAGUCAGCCGUGUGGCCAAUAGAGUUCUUGAUGAGCUGGUUAGACCCUUCCAAGAGAUCCAGAUAGAUGACAAUGAGUAUGCAUGCUUGAAGGCCAUUGUGUUUUUUGACCCAGAUGCGAAGGGAUUGAGUGACCCUGUGAAGAUUAAGAACAUGCGGUUCCAGGUGCAGAUUAGCCUGGAGGACUACAUCAAUGACCGGCAGUAUGACUCUCGCGGCAGGUUCGGAGAGCUGCUGUUGCUGCUGCCAACACUGCAGAGCAUCACCUGGCAGAUGAUCGAACAAAUUCAGUUCGUCAAACUGUUCGGCAUGGUCAAAAUUGACAACCUUCUUCAGGAAAUGCUGCUGGGUGGUGCUGCCAAUGAUGGUAGUCAUCUCCAUCACCCAAUGCACCCACAUUUGUCUCAAGAUCCACUAACUGGGCAAACUAUACUUUUAGGUCCCAUGUCCACACUGCUUCAUACGGACCAGAUUGCAACUCCAGAAACCCCACUACCUUCCCCACCCCAAGGCUCUGGACAAGAACAGUACAAAAUCACUGCAAACCAAGCUUCAGUCAUUUCACAUCAACCCCUCUCUAAGCAAAAGCAGUUGUGAGAUGGGGCUUCCUUCUGAAUGGCACUGCAUAAAUGUGAAACACAUUGGUCUUCAAAUGUCUCAGGAUGAUACUUAUGUCUACUUUAGGCAAGGCUUCUUCAUGGUGCUGUUGUAAGAUGGUAUCCUAUUUUCUUGUUUGUAAACACAUUUUGUUUAUUGUUGCUGUAAAGCUUUCACGUGCAACCUAUGUAUAUUUGACUUUGAGGCUGUUAUAUAAUGUA